AUGCAUACCCCCGCAGCAAAAAAAAAAACAGCACGCAGCAGCAGCAGCAGCAGCAGCAGCAGCAGCAGCAGCAGCAGCAGCAGCAGCGCAGCAGCAGCAGCAGCAGCAGCAGCAGCAGCAGCAGCAGCAGCAGCAGCAGGGUGCCCAGAGUGUAGGGUGUUGUUUCCCCCCCAUGAACUGAACGACCAUCUUUUCUCGCAUGCAAUCGACGCGCUGCAGCAGCAAACGCUGCAGCACAACCUCAGCAGCAGCAGCAGCAGCAGCAGCAGCAGCAGCAGCAGCAGCAGCAGCAGCAGCAGCAGACGCACAGGUCAGCUGCAGCGAACCCAAUCCGCGGGGCCCGGGGGGGGGGCCCCCAUCUACCCUAUAUCGGCACCUGCUCACCACCCCUCAGCAGCAGCAGCAGCAGCAGCAGCAGCAGCAGCAGCAGCAGAUGGAUCGCAGCAACGGCAGCGAAGGAUAGGACGAGAGAACUGCUGCUGCAGCAGCAGCAGCAGCAGCAGCAGCAGCAGCAGCAGCAUUUCUAUUACACUAGCUCAGCAGCAACACAUAGAAUGGCUUCAUACCCACCCCCUACCAGCAGCAGCAGCAGCAGCAGCAGGAUACAGAACAGCAGCAGCAGCAGCAGCUGCUGCUGCUGCUGCACCCCUGCGGCAGCAGCAGCAGCAGCAGCAGCAUUCACUGCAGCAGCAGCAGCUGCUGCUGCAGCAGCAGCAGCAGCAGCGGCAGCGACGCUACAUCAGCAGCAGACAAGACAGCCACCAAAUGAGAGAAUGUUUGGGGGGUUCAUCUCCCUAUAUAUGGGGCGAUGAUUCUGCUGCUGCUGCUGCUGCUGCUGCUGCAGCAGCAGGAUACAGAACAGCAGCAGCAGCAGCAGCUGCUGCUGCUGCUGCACCCCUGCGGCGAUACAGAACAGCAGCAGCAGCAGCAGCUGCUGCUGCUGCUGCACCCCUGCGGCAGCACAGCUGCAGCAUACACCGCACCAGCAGCGAGCAGCUGUAUAGACACACAGACAUAGAGAGGCGUUAUAUAAGCAGCAGCAGCAGCAGAGCAGCAGCAGCAGCAGCAGCAGCAGCAGCAGAGGAAGAUGAACGCACCUGGGUCUACACACGCAGCAGCAGCAACCCCACCACCACCAGCAGCAGCAGCAGCAGCAGCAGCAGCAGCAGCAGCAAUGUUAUUAGAGAGGGUAUGGUGCUACCCAUGCUGCUGCUGCUGCAGCAAACAGCAGCAGCAGCAGCAGCAGCAGCAGCAGGAGAGCAGCAGCAGAAGCAGAGAGACCCCCUUGGACUGAGCAAACAGCAGCAGCAGCAGCAGCAGCAGCAGCAGCAGGAGAGCAGCAGCAGAAGCAGAGAGACCCCCUUGGACUGGCAGCAGCAGCAGCAGCAGCAGCAGCAGCAGCAGCAGCAGCAGCAGCAAUGUUAUUAG